ACAAGCAACCUUUGUAUUAACCCAGAAAAAUAUCACUUCUACACAAAUGAAAUGCAACUUCUUGAACAUGUAGUUGGUGUUGAUAGAAUCAAACCAGAUCUUCAAAAAGUUGAUAAACUAAAUAAUCUUUCUCCUCCUAAAACUAUUACUUAA